AUGGCACUUCAAUUCAAGUCGGACUUCCGGUUCGAUAUGGACGGCAGCUUCAGCUUGUACAGUCAGCCCAUGCCAUACCCUUUCACCUCCACAAGCUUCUCCUCCGCCUCCUCUUCUUACGACCCUUUCACUCCUACACCUCGACACUCAACACCCCACGAGUUGUCGACCAUGGAAUUUGACAGCUCCUACAGCAACGGCUCUCACCGCGUUGAAUUGGCUCUUCCCUCAACAAUGGGCAAUUUCAUGUUUGGUCCUGUCGUCAAGUCGGAGCUAGAGCAGAUGCCUUUCCCCGACACCCCACCCAACACUCCCAUGAAGGGGGAGCUCACGAGCUUCAACUACACGGAGAUGAACAUGGAACAGAACGGCUCUAUGGGUUCUCUAACACCAUCGAACUCCUUUGGCAUGUAUGCCAGCUCUCCUGAGACUGUCAUUGGCGCUACCUCCUUCAUUAUGACACCCACCCAGAUGCUUUCGGGUUCCGAGGCCGCUGAUACCUACUCGUCCUGGUCCUGCCCCAGCGACAGCCCGAUCUCCUUCCCCCGAGAAGAGCAGUUUCCCGGCAACUACGAGGUGUUUGACAUCGACCACCAGUCAAUGUCUCCCUAUCACAUCCACGACCCGACUUCGCCAAAGCAGGUGCGAGCUCAGCGGAAGAUGAUGGUGAACCAGAUUCAGCGCAAGACGACCGAGCUUCGGUAUGCUCAGAUCCGAACAACUAGGAAGCGAUCCGUCAAGCCCGACUCUGCCCCUGUGGAUGUGGUCCAGAGGGCCAUGUGCAAGUGUGACUAUCCCGGUUGCCACAAGGUGUUCCUACGUACAGAGCACCUCAAGCGACACAAGCAAACUUUUCACGGCGAGGGCCCCAACCGUUUCUCAUGCGAGUUCUGCGGUAAAGAUCGGUUCAACCGCCAGGACAACCUCAAUAACCACCGCAAGCUUCACGCCCGACCCAACAGCCGCAACCGCGGCGUCGAGUUCAUCCCUACCGCGGUGCCCGUUAUCGAGGAAGAGGAACGCAGCCGGAAGAGACGAGCACCUCCCAAGGCCAAACAGCUCAAGAAGCGGGGUCUAGAGUACCAAGCAGGUGAGUUGUGA